AAUCAGAACAGUAUCGGCGACGCGAUUGGUCCAACUAAAUGAAUGGCGCCAUCUCGAUAAAUUAUCAGCCAAUCGCCGGAGACGUCACAUGAGUAUUCUCCACGGUAAACAUCCGGGCACUGGAACCUGUGAACAAGAUGGAGGAAGUUGAACCCGAAGAAGACAAACCAGUAAGCACUGCCGAAGCUAACUCUUUCCUGGCUUUAGAUUUUGGCUGUAAACAAACCUGCGUCGGCGAAGAGCUGCCGUCGAGCGGGCUGGAUAUCGGGAAAAGUAGUGAGAGCGAAACGCAGGACGAGCUGUCGGUAGCAGGCGUAACUAAACGAGACCUUCAGAGCUAUCGCAAUUUACCUGGUCUUCUGUCACCACAUGCAGCAGCUCAUGUUGUGAAGGACGACAGCGACAAUAAUAAUACGACUGCAGCAGCAACAACAACGUCGUCAGCAACACCCACGGCUACUACUACUACUUCUACUACAACAACACAAGCACCAGACGCCAAAAGGCCUAAACUUUCUGCUUCGUUGCCGUCGCCUGGCCAUCAACAACUGCCCGACCCUUGCGCUAGUCCCGAGUCCGGGAAGAGAAAGAGGAUCCAACAUGACUACCGUCGACUGUCCAGUUCUGGAUACAUGGACGACUACGUUAGCGGCAAAGAGAGGCGUUUCUCUUCGACCAGUGAUUCCGAUGUGAGCUCUUCGCCGGCCUCACCUAAACCCAAAACCAAUUCAUCAUCGAAGGUCAAAAUGAUCAAACAAUCGCCCAAUUCCUCUGAAACCUCCCUCAAUGGAUUACCUUCAAAUAAAGAUCUUCAUGAAUCACCAAUCCAAGAUGCUAAAUCAUGUUCACAGACACCAAUAGUAAAUCUCAAAAAGAAAGAAAAAGCUAAAACAAUGAAAACUGAGUCGUGUAGUAGCAGUAGUGGUGGUUCUCAAAAGGCACACGGUAUGUGCGUGAAGAAAUCAAAGGCUGGUCAUAGUGAAAGUAGUGUCUCUGGAAAUCAGGAAAUACCAUCUUUUAUAUCUGGAGACAAAGAUAAACGAAAACAUCAUCAUCAUCAUUCUCAUCAUCAUUCUCAGCAUCACCAUCAUCAUCAUAACAUACAUCCUCAUCACCACCACCAUAAGUGUGAGUCUCAGUUUGAGAAAUCCUCCAACUUCAAGCAACAUAUUCAUACCUCUGAAAAAGAAAACAUCAAAAAGAAAGACACAACUGACGAAGCUGCUUCAAAGCGAGUUAACGGAAAUUCUUCAUGUGUGGCCCAUGCAAAACCACCCCCAAAGAAAAGGAUUGUUAGUAACUGUGGUGUCCAAGUAAAUCUUCGGCGGCGAACGGAGAACAAAUCUGUUCAAGUCUCCUUAAAACUUUCUAGUAACCACCAUGAUAAAGACUCAUUGCGGAGAGAACAUUCUUCUUUACAUGCUGACCGAAAGGCUGAAGUUGCCCAGAAACUAGAGUGUCACAGUCGACGUUCUAUGUCUAGCAAAGGGACACAGACAAACAAAGAAACUAGACCUAAAUCUACUAUGCACAGCUUGAAUGACCUAAAGAUCUCUCUUUCUACCGAUUUUGAUCACACUAUUAAAGCUCUAAAAACGGAGCCUCCUCCAGUUACCGUAGAAAAUAGUGAUGAGCCUACUGAAGUCUUGAAAUACCGUGAUUACAUGCAUUUUGAAUAUUACACCAAUGGUGGAGCCAUGGUACUGCAUUCCUACCAAGAAGAGCUCGAUAAGCUGUCUUCAGAACAAAUGCUUGAAUUCACAAAAGAAUUUUUUCAUGUUGUCUUUGAUGAAGAAUCAGAGGGGGUUUCUAACUGUGUCAUGGGCAUUGUCCAUAAUGCAGCUGCAUAUAUGCCUGAUUUUUUGGAGUAUUUUGCAUCUGAUUAUUCAAAUCUAACUGUGAAAACAGGUGUGCUGGGAAAAUCUGAUAUUGAAACCAAAUCCAUGGCAGCCUAUUGCGAUAUGGUAUAUAAAACAUACGAAAAUGGAACUGUGCGGACGGGACCACUCCUUCAGCUCAGCCUCGUUGGCACUGUGCAUGAAGAAGUUGGAGAUUAUUUCCCUGAAUUUUUAGACAUGCUGGAAGAAAGCCCAUUUCUCCGAGUUACAAUGCCAUGGGGAGAAUUAGCUUCAGUAAAGAUGAAAGACAGGCGAGAAAGUAAUGACGGCCCAAUUUUGUGGUCACGUCCUGGGGAACAGUUAAUUCCUACAGCUGAUAUGCCUAAAUCUCCAUACAAGCGUAAAAGAGGGAUGAAUGAGUUGAAAAAUUUACAGUAUUUACCUCGUGCAUCAGAACCACGGGAAAUUUUAGUGGAGGACAGAACUCGUUGCCAUGCUGACCAUGUGGGACAUGGAUUUGAUAGGCGCACAACUGCAGCUGUAGGGGUACUGAAAGCUGUCAAUAAACCAAAAGAAAUUCCAAAGCAGAACAGAAUUGUUAAAGAUGUGAUCUGUUUCCACCCAGGAGAUUUCCUUGAAUUAGUUAAUAAGAUGCAACUUGAUUUACAUGAACCCCCUGUAUCACAAUGUGUUACCUGGGUGGAGGAUGCAAAAUUGAACCAGUUGCAUAGAGAAGGUAUCCGUUAUGCACGUAUUCAACUCCGACAUAAUGAUAUCUAUUUUAUCCCAAGGAAUGUUGUACACCAGUUCAAAACUGUGUCAGCAGUUACAAGCAUUGCUUGGCAUGUGAGAUUACGCAGCUACUAUCCUGAUCUUCAAACUGAUGAUGAGGACGAAGCAGAUAAAAACAAAGAAGAACCUAUGGAACAAGAAAGCUCUGUUAAGCAAGAACCUUCAGUUCACAAUGUAAAGUCAGAAGACCCUGAAGCCAAGCAGCUAACUCCUGAUAAUCAUACACAUUCAUCACAUCCACAAAAGCAGCCACAUGAAUCUGUACCAUUAGCUCCACAAACCAUAGUCUGUCAUACCAAGUCAGAAUCAAUUUCUAAAAGCCAUCAUGAUUCCCAGUCUGUGAUUCCCGAUUCCAGUGGCAAACACCACAAGAAAGCAUCUGGUUGUAAACUGGAAUUGUCAGGGAAAAAAGAGCAUUCUGUUACCAAAAAGGAGCCUUCAUUCACACAUAAGGAGCCAAGUUCUUCUGUGAGCAAAUCUGAAAGAAAGAUUUCAGGACAUGAUCAUCCUUCUAUGAAACGAGACAGUUCUUCAGUAACACAAAAUCCAGCACACAAACAUAAGAGUCCUUCAGUUUCAAAAUAUUCUUUUGUUAAAUCUGAGCAUUCUAGCAAAGCACAAAUUCCAACUAUAGUUACACAAGAUUAUUCCCACACUGUUAAACAAAAAUCUCUGUCAUGCACACAAAAUCCUUUUAAAAAGCAAGAAUCAUUAUCAAAAUCUACAUUUUCUGUGACCAAACCUGAAUUUUUAUCUUCAGAAUCCAAACCACACACUAAACACGAAGCAUUUAAAAUAGCUACAAAACCUUCUGUUACUAAACAUGAAUCAUCAAAAUCAGGGCUUGGGUCCAGUUUUGUCCCCAAAGUUUCAAAAUCAGAUUCUCAUUCUAAUUUCAGUCAUAAAGAUUUCUCUUCAAUGUCUAAACAUAAACAAGUGUCAACAAGUUCAAAACAUAGCAAGAGCGAAACAGUUACCUCUUCUUGGGAUUUAAAUGUUUGUGAAAAAUCUUCCCCUCAAUGUCUUGCUGCCACAGAAUCUUCUAGUUCAGUAGCCACAGCUCAUGAUCACAAAAAAGAGAGUUUAAUGCCAACAUCAGUUACUGAAGCUACUCCUCCACAAGAUCCCCAUGCUGUGUUGUCAGCAAAUGUGUCUGAAGCAAACAAAUCUUCAUCAGUGAAAGAAUUUCAAAAAGAAACUGCUCCUGUUGCAAUUCCUAAAAAACAAUUUCCAACAGUGUCAGAGGCUAAUAUUGAACCAAAAGCAGAGCUGUGUGUAGUUGCUCAGAAAGAGAUGCCUUCAUGUGUGCCAUCACCAAAUCUGGCCCAUAAAGAGAUAUCUGUUUCAGUGCCAACAUCAAAUGUGACUGAAAGGGAAACUAGUUUAAUACCAAGCCCUACUAUUAACAAAGAGUCUGAACACCAUACUGUUACUCAACCCAGGUCCUUAGAUGUAUCACGUAUUGAUCACCCCAAAGCACAAUCAGUUAUAGCAGAACCCAAACCAACAACUAGCUUGUCAUGUUCACUGAAAACUGAGAAAACUCCUAGUUUUCCUUCAGAUGUGAACAAGGAUUUAACCUCUGUUGAAAUUUCUACCCCUAAAAAGGAAUCAUCUAGUAUAAAAUCUCAACCCAUUGUUUCAGUAGAAAAUAACAGUCAGAAGGAUGCAAAACCUCACCAAAGCUCAACUGAAAUAUUUCCAGUUGAACACAACACAAAAAAAAGAUUAGAAUUGCCCACCCCAGAAAACUUAGCCAUCAUCAAUCCCAUCAGCAGUUAUUUUCCCUCAGAGCCAUCUAAAAAUCAAACUCUAGUUGAUACUCCAAGCUCAUUGCCAUCUCCAAGUACUCCUCAGCCAACUACUAUUGAAUCUUGCACAAUCAUUUGUAAAUCUAAGCCUACAUCAUUAGAAUCUUGUGAAGUUAUUUCUGAAGAAACAGUUCAAGAAAUGGUCAUACAAGAAUCAACUAGUCCAGAAAAGCUUAUUACAGUACACCAAUCAGCUUUUCAGUCAGCUGGUGUUGAUCUCACUUCUACUGGAAACAAUAACCCUGCCUCAUCUCAACAGUUGCCUGUGAUUGAAAUGCCCCCAUCGCACUUUGUUGAUGUUCAUGAAAGUGUUAGUGUUGACCAAGAUAUCUCCAAAGCACAGCCAGCAUCAACUACACAGCAGUUUCUUAGAAAGAUGUACGAUGCCAGCAUCAAACCUGAAGACACUCUCAUUGAACACCAGUAUCUCCCUUCCAAGCCUGAACAAUCCACAACCAGAUAUGUUCCUGAGACACAUCAACAUUGUGAAGAGUCUCCAAUGGAUACUGAUACUUGACAUUUUAAUUAAUGAUCCCACUUACUAAUAUUCCAGGAACAAGUGGGGCUAAUUUUCGCUAAAUUAUGUAAAUUUCAAACUUUACUGUUUGGAUUUUAGUGGCUGCUCUUCUAACCACAACUAUGAUACAGUCCCAACUCAACAGUAAAAAUAUCCCAAACUCCCUAUUUUAAUGAACAGUGUUUUUUUUUGUUCUUUUAUUUAAUUUUUUUCAUUUUAUUUAGCUUAUCUAUUCCUCUACUUUUUCCUUAUUUCCCCUCUCUCCAUCUAUCUCUCUAUCACACUUUCUCUUUCUCUCUCUCUCUCUCAUUCUUUACUUUCACAUUUGCAAUGCCCAAACUUAUUCUGCAUAUACAUUCUUUCAAUAUAUUUUACCUUUUCCACUAAGCUGCUGCUGCUAUUUCAUUUGAUUCAUUUCAAUCUUAUUAAUAUAUAUGAUGCUCCCCUAUUCCCAGUUUUUAUAACACUUGUUUAUCUUUUAAAUUAGAUUGUUAUCUUUGAGCAAAAGGAAAAGAAAAUUAGAUGGGCCUGAUGAAUUCAGGACAAAAAUUGUUGAUUUUUAUUCAAUUUUGUUUUAUUUCCCUAUCUUAUUUUAUCUUCAUAUGGGUGACUAUAAAAAGUUUGCUAAAAUCAAUUGUUGUGUAUAUAAUAAUAUAUAUAUAGCUUUCAUCUAUGUGUGUGUGCAUGUAUGUGUGUGUGUGUAUUCAUAUGUAUUUUAUAAAAUAAAGUUUGACAGUGAUUUCAAGGUUUUGCCUUACCAGCCAUCGUCAGACUGUUGAUAGGUGGCAAGUAAAGCCAAAACUUUUGAAGUCACUGUCAAUUUUGUCUUUGUAAAAUAUAUAUAUGAUACUCUACUGAAAAUUAUUGAGUGAUCCUUCAAUUAAUGUUCAACUGUUUUGAUAAAUUUUACAUAAAAAAAACAAAACAUUAAUCAGUUCACAUAUAUGUAUGAGUGUGUUUGUGUGUAUGUGUGUAUAAGACAUACACACACACAUUCACACACACACACAUGCACAUAUACAUACAUCAUACACUCACAUGCGCACACACACACCUACAUGCACACACUCUUUCUUAAUCUCCAAGUGAAACAGCUAGAACAGCUGCUGAAGUUGAAUUGUUUCUGACACAGUCCAAUGUCUCAUUCUGACCAUCAACUGUGGCAUAACAACCUACAUUACUGUAUGGUAGUUUCUUCAUAACUUCCAUAUGGGUUUAUUAUUUAAAAUAAAUACUAUGGUCAUAUUCA